CCCCGCGAGGCGCGUCUCCCUCGCGAGCUCGGUGAAAGGAUUUGGCGCCAGGCGGGUCCGCUCUGCAGCUGCCGCAGCCGCACGAAGCAGCCCAGCCGCGCCACCCACCCACCGCCGCCCGCCGCCGGGGCCUCGGCUCACAGCAGCUGCCGCCGCCGCCAGCCCGAGCCCGCCAGCCCGAGCCCAGAGCCGCCCGCGCGCCGCCCAGGGAUCGAGCCGCCGCCGCCGCCAUGAGCUGCUCGCCCGUGAACGUGAAGAAGCUGAAGGUGUCGGAGCUGAAGGAGGAGCUGAAAAAGCGGCGCCUCUCCGACAAGGGCCUCAAGGCCGACCUCAUGGAGCGGCUCCAGGCCGCGCUGGACCAGGAGGAGGCCGGCGGGGGAGGCCCCGCCAGCAGCGCGGCCGAGCCUGGCAACGGCAGCAUGGAGGGGGAGGCGGCCGAGAGCGGCGGGGGCGCAGCGCAGCUCCGCCAGGCGGGAGGCCCCGACCAGGCCGCGGCCUCCACGGCGGAGGACGACGACGAGGAAGGGCUGGAGGCGGCCGAUGGCGACGCCAUGGAGCUGGGCGAGGAGAACGGCGAGCGGGCGGGGGCCGGGGGCGGCCCGAUGGAGGAGGAGGCGGGCGGCGAGGAGGAGGAAGAGGAGGAGGAGGAGGACGAGAACGGCGACGACCAGGGCUUCCAGGAGGGCGAGGACGAGCUGGCCGACGAGGAGGAGGCCGCGGCCGGCGACGCCAACGGGCACGGCGAGCAGCCGCCGCAGCCCCAGCAGCCGCAGCCCCAGCAGCAGCAGCAGCAGCAGCCCCCGCCGCUCCUCCAGCCGCGCGGCGCCGCCAAGGAACCCGCGGCCAAGAGCGCUGGCGGCGCCUCGGGCCCCCCAGCGGCGGCCUCGGCGGGCCCCGCCAAGCAGCAGCAGCAGCAGCAGAAGAAAGCGGAAGGCGGCGGCGGCGGCGGCCGCCCGGGGGCUCAGGGCGCCGGGGGAGAUGCCAAGGUGGAGCAAAAACCGGGAGAGAAGAAGAGGGGCGUGAAGAGACCACGGGAGGACCAUGGCCGUGGGUAUUUCGAGUACAUCGAGGAAAAUAAGUACAGCAGGGCCAAGUCCCCUCAGCCACCUGUUGAAGAAGAAGAUGAGCAUUUCGAUGACACAGUAGUUUGUCUUGAUACUUAUAACUGUGACCUGCAUUUUAAAAUCUCAAGAGACCGGUUUAGUGCUUCCUCACUGACCAUGGAAAGCUUUGCUUUCCUUUGGGCUGGUGGGAGAGCCUCCUAUGGAGUUUCUAAAGGCAAAGUCUGCUUUGAGAUGAAGGUUACAGAAAAGAUUCCUGUUAAACACCUGUAUACAAAAGACAUUGACAUACAUGAAGUGCGAGUUGGCUGGUCACUGAACACAAGUGGAAUGUUGCUGGGUGAAGAAGAAUUUUCUUACGGAUAUUCUCUAAAAGGAAUAAAGACAUGCAAUUGUGAGACUGAAGACUUUGGUGAGAAGUUUGAUGAAAAUGAUGUGAUUGGAUGUUUUGCUAACUUUGAUGGUGAUGAAGUGGAACUCUCAUAUUCCAAGAACGGACAAGAGCUCGGCGUUGCAUUCAAAAUCAGUAAGGAAGCUCUUGAUGGGCGCCCACUCUUCCCACACGUUCUCUGCCAUAACUGUGCAGUUGAGUUCAACUUUGGUCAGAAGGAGGAACCUUACUUUCCUGUACCUGAAGAGUACACCUUCAUCCAGAAGGUCCCCCUGGAGGACAGGGUCCGAGGACCAAAGGGGCCUGAGCAAAAGAAAGAUUGUGAGGUGGUGAUGAUGAUUGGCUUGCCUGGAGCUGGCAAGACUACAUGGGUUACUAAACAUGCAGCAGCAAAUCCUGGGAAAUACAACAUUCUUGGGACAAAUACUAUUAUGGACAAAAUGAUGGUUGCAGGUUUUAAGCGUCAGAUGGCAGACACCGGAAAACUUAACACACUGUUGCAGAGAGCUCCACAGUGUCUUGGAAAGUUCAUUGAGAUUGCAGCUCGUAAGAAGCGGAAUUUCAUUUUGGAUCAGACAAAUGUGUCUGCAGCUGCGCAGAGGAGAAAAAUGUGCCUGUUUGCAGGCUUCCAGCGCAAAGCAGUUGUUGUUUGCCCAAAAGAUGAAGACUACAAGCAAAGAACACAAAAGAAGGCAGAGGUGGAGGGAAAAGAUCUUCCAGAGCAUGCAGUUCUCAAAAUGAAAGGGAACUUCACACUGCCAGAGGUAGCAGAAUGUUUUGAUGAAAUAAUCUAUGUAGAGUUGCAAAAAGAAGAAGCUCAGAAGCUCUUGGAACAAUAUAAAGAAGAAAGUAAGAAAUCUCUUCCGCCAGAAAAGAAACAGAACACUGGCUCAAAGAAAAACAAGAAGAGCAAUAAAAAUCAGUUUAAUAGAGGUCAGAGGGGACGUGGAGGAUUCAACAUGCGUGGCAACUUCAGAGGAGGAGUCCCUGGCAAUCGUGGUGGAUACAACCGGAGGGGAGGCAACAUGCCUCAGCGAGGUGGCGGAGGUGGUGGCGGCGGCGGUGGCAGCAGCGGCGCAAUUGGCUACCCGUAUCCUCGUGGCCCUGUCUUUCCAAGCAGAGGUGGCUACUCGAACAGAGGGAACUAUAACAGAGGUGGAAUGCCCAACAGGGGAAACUACAACCAGAACUUCAGAGGAAGGGGAAAUAAUCGUGGCUACAAAAACCAAUCUCAGGGCUACAACCAGUGGCAGCAGGGUCAAUUCUGGGGUCAGAAGCCAUGGAGUCAGCAUUAUCACCAAGGAUACUAUUGAAUACCCAAAUAAAUGAACUGAUACAUAUUUCUCCAAAACCUUCACAAGAAGUCGACUGUUUUCUUUAGUAGGCUAACUUUUUAAACAUUCCACAAGAGGAAGUGCCUGCGGGUUCCUUUUUUAGAAGCUUUGUGGGUUGAUUUUUUUCUUUUCUUUUUUUGUACAUUUUUAAUUGCAGUUUUAAAGUGAUUCGUAAGAGAACCUCAGCAUUGUGCACGAUAAGAGAAUGUGUCAGUAUUUCAGGGUUCUACAUUUUAUCUGUAAAAUGUGACUUUUUUUUUACCACAACAAAAGUAAAACGUUGCUUUGUA